UGUGAGACCUCCAUUAAUACUUUCAUAAUAAUAUCCAUAUGUCAUAAAGUACUCUUUGCUAGUACUUGCUAAUAUGGAUUAGCUAGUUACGAGUUAGUGUUUCAAUGUACAGCAUUUCUUUACUGUGACAUACAUGCUAAACAUAACGUAGAUACAUCUUAUUUUCAUAAAUAAAUAGCUAAAUUUCAACUUAUUACUACUUUUACUGCCGGGAAUAGGAAAUGUAACAUUUAGCUAUCAGUCAUGUUAGCUAGCUUAAUCGCCGCCUUGGUAGUAUAGUAACUAUACUGUAUAUGCUAACAUAGCUUUACAUUUACAUUUAGCUAUGAUGCUAACUAUGAUGCUAAUGUUUACCAGCAUGUUUACGUCAUGUCUCAAAUUAAUGUGUAGUAUAAAUUAGUGCUAUAAUUGUUAUAAAUGUAGUGUAAAUAUGUUGUAUAAUUAGUAAAAAUGUGUAGUAAAACCGUAUAUUAUAAAUGUAGUGUCGAAUUGUAGUUUAAAUGUGGGCUAUAAAUGGGGCCGUAUAAAUGUUAAGUAUAAAGGUGGUAUAAACAUGCAGUAUAAUGUAAAGUAUGUUAUGAAGAUGUAGUAUAAAUGUGUGAGUUUAUUGUUUGCGUACAAGGUGAGUGUCUUUUACCAAAAAUGAUUCCUUAAAAAAAAAAACAUGUUUGACGUCACGGUGGGUCACGCCAUUAUUCACCAAAGCCACAAGAGCGGAAGUCCGCGCACGUUCGCUCGCGCCACCUUAAGCACGCGCACGGCGGGCGAGCACGCGGGCCCGCUCUCAUGCGUCCAAUGAAUGACGAGCGGAUGUAAUGUAUCCUUUGCGAGGGGGGCGUGGCCUAAGGCAGCAAACACUGCUGCCCCCCCCUCAUCAUUCAUUCACACCCCGCAGCCCCGCCAAGCAGGAGCCAGCCCGACGGAGCUCACCGACAUCGGACCGAACCUCCCCGAGAUUUCAGCCUCUUUUAGCUUCACUCACACUUUGCUCGCCUUUCGACACACUUUGUAGUGUCCUCCAUUCGGAACUCGUACCAAGCUCCGUCCUGGUCAGAGUUCGGCCUACUUCUGGUUUGUCUUCUCCCACGCUAAAAAAAAAAGUGCGUGUUUUUUAGGUUUUUUUGUGCAGAGUUACACUGUGGAUUUACUGUCUUUUUUUCCCACCGGGAGCAAUGAACUUUGCAAACAGGAAAAGAAGAGAAUAAAGUCGGAAUACUUUAAGGAAACGGAUAUUCGUACUUGGGAUUAAGCAGGCUGAGUUCAGCUGCAGCGUUUCCCAUUUUGGAUGGACUUUUCCUAAACUGCCUGCUUGAUGGAUUGGAGCCUAUGGACGCUUGCUUAUAGGUUUUCCGAUGCAUGCCAAGUCCACGGUGAAUGUCGGAAGUGGUGAUCCCCCCAGAUGGAGCUCCAAAGUCAACAUGGCCCCGGCGGUUCAUUAGUGGUGAUCCAGCAGCCUUCCCUGGAGAGCCGCCGGAGGUCGGAUUACGAGCGGGAGUUCCAGCAUGCCGCUAUCCUCUCCCUGGACCAAAUCAAGGCCAUCCGCUCCAGUAACGAGUACACGGAAGGGCCCUCGGUGGCGCGGCGGCCCCCGGUGCCCCGUAUGCCGCCCCGGCCCCAUGAAAAGCAGGAGAGGACUCAUGAGGUCAUGCUGGUCAAUGUGAAUAACAAUUAUGAGCACCGGCCGUCGGGACACCACCACCACCACCAUGUUGGAGUGGUGGGGGGGCAGCAUCACAGCGGGUCUCGGGUGCCGGGCCUCAGCCGCUCCACAAGCACGGGGAGCGCUGCGAGUUCAGGGAGCAACAGCAGCGCCUCCUCCGAGCAGGGACUCCUGGCACGCUCGCCCCCCAGCAGACUGAGCUCGCAACGGCCCGUGCGGACUCAACCCAAGCCCAAGGGGCUCCCCCACUUCCCUCAGGCUCCUCUCAAAGGGAAACCGGACUCGUCCAGCCCCUCUAAGGUGUCGCCCGCAUCCGGGCACCAGUUCAUCUGCGAGCGCUGCGGCAAGUGUAAAUGCGGCGAAUGCACGGCGCCGAGGACCCUGCCGUCGUGCCUGGCGUGCAACGGCCAGUGCCUGUGCUCGGCGGAGAGCGCGCUCGAACACGGCACCUGCAUGUGCCUGGUCAAGGGCAUCUUCUACCACUGCUCCAACGACGACGAGGGGGACUCGUGCGCCGACCACCCCUGCUCGCUGUCGCACUCGCACUGCUGCUCGCGCUUCCUGUGCAUGGGAUUAAUGUCGGUACUCUUCCCCUGCCUGCUGUGCUACCCGCCCGUCAAGGGCUGCCUCAAGGCAUGCCAGGGCUGCUACGACCGGGUCAACCGGCCGGGCUGCCGCUGCAAGAACUCCAACACUGUGUAUUGCAAACUGGAGAGCUGGGCCCCACAGAACCAGGAGAAGCCCUCCUGAUCGCCCCCCCCCCCUCUUCCCACUACCACCUCCCUUCUUGUGUGGAUUUUACGCUGACGAUAAUGACAAUACUAAGAAUGUUUAUCCAGCAUUCCGAGCACCUCCUUCCGACCCCGUCUUCCCUCUUCAAAGCCCCCACAAGGAGCCAAGCAAAGGAGUAACCACUCGAUUCUUUUCUUCUUCUGGAUCAGGACCGUGUUUUUACACACCAGUGUUUGCCUUAACCGCCCCCCCAUAACCCCCAAAAACCCAAAACCCCCAAUCCAUCCUCGCUUCUCAGCUGCCAUAUCUCCUCUCCAUGUCUUCUAAUCUGUGAAGGACCACCUUGAGGGCGCUGAUGUAGCUGUUACCUGGCGUUCAUAGCCAGCAGGUGUCUUUUUUUUAUUUUUUUUUAUUUUUAUUUCAUUUUUUAUGCCGAUGUUGCAUUAACAAAAGCACAUCCAUCUCAUUUAGUCUUCAUCUGUUCCCGUUUUCUUGAUGUCAUUUCUUGUGUGUACAUUGUAAGCUCAAACACAAAACCCAUAAAAGGAAUUCUGGCUUUUUUUUUUUUUUUUUAAGGAAACAAUGUCUGUUUAAAACAUUUUUUUGUUGUUUUGUUGUAAAAAAUAUAUUUAUUAUGUGAAGCUCUAUUAUUUUAUGAUAUUUAUUGCAAGAGACAGUCUUAAAUUUACUCAUGUCUGAAUAUAACAAAAAUAUCAAAUACUUAGUGAAAAAAAGAAAGGGUGGCACAAAAGAAAGUAUGUUAACUUUAAUGCAGAAAAUAUAUGAAUGAAUGGAAAAAAAAAACAAGCGCUGUGUCGUGUCUUUAAUUGUGCUUUUCUUGUCUUUGUAUUUUAGCAGCGCUAGCCAUCGAGCUAAAAGCUGUCAACUUGUAAUCCGGCGCUGCUCUUAAGGCAUCUGGGUGUGAGCUUUACCAGCUGGGAUCCGUGAUAUAAGUCACAGUCUACAGUCACCUUGACAAUGAAGGUCAUUAGCGUCUUUGCUAGCUAGCAAGCAAGCCGCCAUGUUUGUCACAGGAAGUAGCUCAAAUGCUUUUACGUCCUUUUGAGCAAUCAGAUCAGGAUGCUCCCAAAGUCCCCUUAUGAGGCUGCGGGGGCCACCUGUUCAAAGAUAAUAAAACGCCGGCCGUCAAUGCUUUGGUUUUUAUGGCGUAACCCCAACCCCCCCGUGCACCCCCCCGGCCCCCUUCUUCCUUUUUUUUUUUUUUUUUUUCCAAGCAACACUCACCCAUUUGUCCGCCUCUUUUUGUCAGGGAAUUUAUCACUUGGGUCUGUUGACACCCCACCCUAAACUGACACCCAUCCCCCAACCCAACCGGCCCCCGGGCAAUGAGGUCAUCGCUUUGAAAAUUGGUUGGUCAGCUAGAAAUACCAACACUAACCAGGAAGUCCUCAAAACAAAACCUGCUAAAAUGUGUUUUUAUUCAUUUAAUUGCUUUUAGUUGGCAAAUAAGAAGGUAAGCAAGGAAACAUCAGGUGACUUUUGUCGUAUUUUUGCUUUGUCAGCACUUAAAUGGACCAUCAAGACUAAUUAAGCCUUCUGUACUUAAACCCUCCCCUCUUUUCUGAGAAGAGUGGUAUGUGCCGUUUGUUGACCUCAAUGGUUAAGAGUGGAUGAGUGACUUGUCAAUUUCAGGAACAUUUCUGGGUUGACUUCUUCUUGCCCUGGUGAGCCACUCGGGGACAGGGGAGCCGCUCGGCUGGGAAAAAAAAAGCUGGGAAAAUUCUAGCUCUUCCAGGCUGUGUGAAAAGGGCAAUAGUUCAUCUGUAAUACAGCUCUAAAACUACCACUGAAAUAUUGCUGAAAAAUUGCCGGGUUGAUUUCUUCCCUACAGUUCCAUAUCGGGACUGAUGACAGGACAGCAAGGGAAAAAGCUGUGAAAAUGCCAGAUUUUAGGCUGUGUGAAAAGGGCUACAGUCUAAAGGCAAGCCUCGGUUAUACAGUUUUAAAACCACUUCCGGAAAUUGAUUGAAAAUUGCCGGGUUGACUUCUUCCCAACCGUUCCAUAUCAGGUGUGAUGACAGAACAGCAAGUGAAAAAGCUGUGAAAUACCAGAUUUUAGGCUGUGUGAAAAGAGCUACAGUUAUACAGCACUAAAACCACUUCCGGAAAUUGAUAGAAAAUUGCCGGGUUGACUUCUUCCCAACAGUUCCAUAUUGGGACUGAUGACAGGACAGCAAGGGAAAAAGCUGUGAAAAUGCCAGAUUUAAUUCUGUGUAAAAAGGGCUACAGUCUAAAGGCAAGGCUCGGUUAUACAGUACUA